AAUACAUGCGCCUGCCAGUCUGCUUUCUGCUGGUGUUCGGGGUGCAACUAUUCGAAAAUGGCUGAACACGAAGUUGAAAAUGGAGAGGAGGUGUUCGAGGAUGCACAAGAAGAAGUGUGCGAGAUGGACCUCACCACGGCCAUGGAGCAGGCGAAGAUGGCGUGCAGUUUCUUCUUCAAUAACCGAUUCGAGGAAGCUCGCGCCCUCAUGAGACCCUGGGCACACAAAAGCAUGUACCACGCGCUUGGCUAUGGGACCUUCAUGUACCUCCAGGCUAUAAUGACCUUUGAUCCUAAAGAUAUAGAAAUAGCUGUUGAUGCCCUGAAGCAGAGUGUGGAUGUAUGCAAUCGCUUCAGAAGGAAAAACACCCUGGGAGAGUCCUUGGGGAAGAUGGUCAAGAAAACAGACUACAGCAGCUACUCUAAGGUGGAGAUCCAUGCCGAGCUGUGCUACGCAGAAUGCCUUCUUCUUAGGGCUGUCCUGAGCUUCAUGGAAGACGAGACCUUAAUUAGCUUCCUCAAGGGUGGCAUGAAAAUCCGAGCUUGUUACCAGUCUUACAAGGAGUGCUGGUACAUUCUAGAAGGGCGAGACUGGAGCCAAGAUGAGGAUAAGAUGCAUUUUGAGUCUGGCGUUCGCAUGGGCGUCGGGGCCUUUAAUCUGAUGAUCUCUCAGCUUCCACAGAAGAUACUUAAACUCCUAGAAUUUGUUGGAUUUUCGGGGAAUAAGUCGUGUCAGGUAAGAGAACAAAAGCACUUAGGCCUAGCUGAGUUGGAGAAGGGAUUCUACCUCGAGGGUUCUCUCCGACGUGUCUUAUGUGCACUUGUGCUGCUCGGUUACCACCUCAUUGCGACCUACGUUCUUGGUACUUCUGAGGGAGAUUUGGAAAUGGCACAAAUUAUCCUUGAUGAUCAUUUGAAGCUCUACCCCAAUGGAGCCUGGUUCCUCUUCUUUGCUGCUCGCUUGGAGUACGUCAAGGGGAACUUUGACCUGGCCAUUGAGAAGUAUAAGAUCUCCCUGAACAGCCAGGACGAGUGGCGCCAAUUCCACCACUUGUGCUACUGGGAGCUUAUGUGGUGCUGCAUCAUGAGUGCAAGAUGGAAAGAAGCACAAGAUUACGCAGACAGACUUCUUCAAGAGAGCAAGUGGUCCAAAGCAACGUAUGCCUACCAAAAGUGCUGUUGCAUGUGUAUGAGGAUGGAUGAGCUGACACCAGCAGAGAAACAAGAACUGGCAGAAACCAUGAGGACCAUUCCAGGCCUGAAACAACGCAUUGCCGGCAAGAGUCUUCCAAUUGAAAAGUUUGCUGUGAAAAAAUCUGCCCGGUUCUUCGCACAGGGAGAAACACUUACCCUCUCAGGUCUCGAACUUAUCUACGCCUGGAAUGGAUUCAAGAUUCUUGCCAAGAGAUAUGAAAAUGUAGAAAAGAUGUUCAGCAUUAUUGAGAGAGAAAUGAGACGAAUGGAAUCAAUAAAAGUACCUGACCGUGGGGAUUACUUCUGGGAUGACUACCUGUUGGCUCAUUUGGUAAAAGGCUCCUGCUUAGCCUACAUGAACUCUCCCCUGCAGGCAGAGGAAUGUUUUAAGUUCAUUGUUAAUAAUGAGAAGAAGAUCAAGGAGGACAACUACCUAGUUCCCAAUGCCCUUCUGGAACUUGGUCUUCUUCUUCUGCGGGCUAAUGACCUGGAGCAGUCUCGGAUCAUUCUGGAGCAUGCGAAAUCAAACUACAAGAGUUACUCCCUGGAAUCUCGCUUACACUUCCGCAUCCACGCUACCCUCAAUAAGAUCCACGGCAUCCAGAAGGGAAACCCUGCUGAUGGCUUAGGCCCCAUGGAAGGCUACCCCUCCAUCAGCAGGUCCCCUUCCCCAGCCAUCACCAAGACCUCAAACACAGCCACGAACGGCAAUGAAAGUCACUUAAAUGGAUCAUCAGGCAAACACGUACAAGCCGUUGGAACUCAUCUGUGAUCACUUUGAUACUAAGGUUGAAAGAGUGGAGAAAUAUCAGGACAUUGUUUUCGGCAGGAGCAUUUUAAGAGUAUACCAAGGAUGCUGGCUCGUAUAUGUGUAUGUGUGUGUAUAUGCUAAUGGAAAUAUGAGAAACAAACGUAAACUUAGGGAUGGUGUUUGCGGUGUUUUAGGAGUUAUAAAGUGAGUGAAAUCCGUUUCGAAAUCUGGAGAGUUGAUUUGAAUCUCACUUACAUGGUUUUCUAUGAUUAUGAGUGCCAGGCAAUAUUAUUAGUGGUACUCAUCAUCAUUUAUAGAUUUACAAAUCAAAGGUGAUCAAACACAGCAGCUCAGUUAACACAUGAAGCAGUUUUGUGCAGAUUUUUUUUUUUUUUUUUUUACUUUGAGGUAAUGAACAUAUGAGGAGAAUGAAAAAGCCAGCCAUAGUAUACUUAAACAUUCCAUUAGCAUAAGUUUUAGAAAAUUUAGACCUAAGUGCGGUAAAUGCACUGUGUCAAAGAUUAUUACAGAUAGCUAUUGAAUUAAUGAACUUAAUAUUUUUGUCUACUUGGGUGUGCCUGCGUGCACAUUUGCGCAUGUGUAAGUGUAUGCAUGUUUGUGUCUUCACUUGUGUCCUUAUGCGUGCUGGAUGUUUGUGUGCGUGUGUAUUUGUUUACAGGUCUUUGAAGGAAUGUGUAUAGAUCACUAAAUGCUUCUAUGAAUUCAAGUUAUAGGUUAUGCUUUGGCUGCUUUUAGCCAUCCUGAGAAUCAAAGAUUGAGUGUGUAUGAACAUAAUGGUGUACCUUACAGUGCUGCAGUGAGGAAAUUCUUUGCAUUUAGAGACUAUAAACUGCAAUUGAGUAGGUGUGUUACUUAAUAUUUUGAUUUCAUAAAGAAUUAUAUACAAAGUAAGAUUUAAGAUUUACUUAGAUGGAUUUUAGUAAUGCUUGGGUAAUUGUACAGAAAUGAACUACUGACAUUCUUCAUUACUAAACUAGUCAUUUCACAGGAAGGUGAAGGUCUUCAUAUCACUCACAGAUUAUAUCUGUCACCCCAUAUGUACCGACCUGGAAUUCGGAUAACUAUACAAACAUAUAUAUAUAUAUGGUUUUAUUAGAGAAGCACUACCUCAAGCUUCUGUUUUACCAGGUGUCACUUAUUAGGGCUUUCAUUAUUUUGAUACUCAGGCUUUUUAACGCCUGGUAUUGUUUGAGUCUUCUUAUUAAUAACUCACACCCAAGAAGGAUGUUAAAGAAAAACAGGAGUGGGUUCUGGGGUUUGGUUGCCCAUGUUGAACUUCCAACAAAAUAGGAUUUUAAUGGUAUUUGUAUGUUAUGUAUUAGUGGGAUUAUAUUUAAUAUUUUGUGUGCACUCUUGUAUACAGAGACUGUUGGUUUAUAGGUUUCUUCCUUUACUGAGUACCGUUAAAAAGAAGGGAAAAAACUGAAACCAUUUCUGAUUUUAGGUGCAUUAUUUAGCAACUUCCAAGUUAGUGUACAUAGCUAAAACUGCUCCAGUUCUGCGAGCAAGAGCCUUGCAAACACCAACUUACAGUUGAUUUUAAAGUUUCUUUUAAGGUUUUUGCUUUUAAGUUGAUAUAAGAUUUGUUACAAUUUGUUACUGUUUUAAAUGAUUCCCAAUAGAAUUGUGUAUUACUGUUAACUGAAGCAGCCAAGUCUUCACCCAAAGAUCUGGUUAUAUGUAAAAAGAAAGAAAAAAAAAUGGAAACCUCAGUGUUAGCAUCUCUUAAAAGUAAUGAUUCAUUUUGUCAACCUUUUCUUUAAUGAUUCUGUGAACUUUCUGAUAGAGCAGUAUGUAGCCUCAGAGUAAUAUAAUAUUUGUUUUACACUGUAAUAGUAUAUAUUUCCUUCCUUUUCUACUCCAGAUGGCCUUAAUCUAACUGGAUGGUACAGAGUCUUAUAAUAUUGUGUUAUGAAACUAGUGUGUGUAUUAUUUUUUCUUACUUCAUGUUUUCCACAGUGUUGCCAAAAUGAGAGGGAUAGACUGUAAAAUCAAAUGUAUAGUGAAAAAUGUACUUAUAAGAACUCUUUAAUCAUGAAUGUAAUAGAAAAAAAAUCUGUAUCUGAGUUACAUGAGUUUUUAAAAAACAAAUAUAUAGAAAUUGUUGGAUCUUGUAAAGCAAUAAUAAAGAAGAAAAAUGUAAA